CCCCCUUGCUUGCUCGCUCCAAACAAAGCGCCGGCCUUUAGCGCUCGGCGAAGUUCAGCAUGUCCGCUCCCAUCCAGCAGCCCUUCGAACGCAAGGAGUAUGACGUCACCAACACGCUCGCCAACACCAUCGCCGCCAUGUGCGGCUGGCCGUGCGCGCUAAUGAACAAGCAGCAGCUUAUCCUUGAGCCAGAGGAGGCCGUACUGAUCACCUCGACCAUGUGCGACACCAACACGCAGCGGCGGCCCUACGGAGAGCUCGGCUCGGUAGACAAGAGCUCGACCUGUGGCUGCUGCGUCGGAGUGAGCUCCGGCCUGGGCGCUAUGCAGCCGGGCUGCAACUGCGAGGAGGAGCUCGUCGCCGAGAUCGUCGAGGAGCUCAAGAAGCGGAUGAAGACGCGCGGCGACACUGGCCAGAUCCAGCGCGCGGAGCAGCAGCUGACGGAGAUCAUGAAGGUCCAGUCCGACAUGGCGGCCCUCAACUCAAAGGUGGACGCCAUCCUCGCCCACCUCGAGAUCAGCGCGCCGGUGCCGCAGGCGAUGGCUGUGCCCUAUUAGCGGGCGCUUGCGCCAAGCUACGUCAGUGUAUACUGUGCCCGACUCGACACACGACAGGCGGACACCUCCGUCGGUGCGCGCGCCGCGUGGUUUGUGUAGUUUUGUUUGUGAGGUACUGUAUCUGCAGUCUGCGGC